AUGGAGAUGUGCGGUUGGAGACAAGUACGCCGGAUUCCUCUCAGAAACAUCUUCCUAUGCCCACCUUUUGCUAGAUCACUGGCAACAACAUCCCCCAAUCCAAAUACUUAUGAUGCCAUUAUUGUAGGAGGCGGACAUAAUGGACUUGUUUCGGCCGCAUACCUCGCCAAAAAUGGUUUGCGUCCUCUGGUCCUUGAACGUCGGCCUGUGAUUGGAGGUGCAGCGGUUACAGAAGAGAUUUAUCCUGGAUAUCGUGUAUCGCGUGCUUCCUAUCUUCUUAGUCUUCUCCGACCGCACAUUAUCUCAGAUCUGGACCUGCAUCGACACGGUCUCAAGAUCCACACACGGCAUACAUCUUCAUUUACUCCGCUCAGAGAUGGUAGAUAUCUCCUUCUGGGAAUGAACAGUGAGGAGAAUAAGUUGGAAAUCAGCAAGUUUUCCACUAAAGAUGCAGAGGCCUACGAUGCGUAUGAGAAGUGGUUAGAGACCUUCGCCAAAGGAAUAGAGGCACUGCUGGAUGCCCCUCCCGCUGAUUUGAAAGAGAUUAUGCAGGGAGGUGCUAGCUCGCUGCCGAAAGCUUGGAAAGCUGCAAAACCCUUCUACGAGAUGUCCCGCGCAAUGGGCAUCAAGAAUCUACCAGAGUUUUACGAGUUACUGACGGCGCCUGCCAGCAAGCUGUUGGGUAGAUGGUUUGAGUCUGAACCUCUCAUGUCAACAUUGGGCACCGAUGCAGUGAUCGGUGCGUGGAUGAGUCCUUCAACACCAGGGUCGUCGUACGUUCUACUUCAUCAUGUUAUGGGCGGUGUCAAUGGUAUCAAAGGGGCAUGGGGAGUUGUGGAGGGUGGAAUGGGCGCGGUCUCAGAAUCUAUCGCACGGGCUGCUAAAGAGGCUGGUGCCGACAUUCGAACAAGUGCGCCAGUUGAACGGAUUCUCGUAUCGGAAGCAGAAGGUAAAGCGGUUGGUGUGAGACUACGGAACGGAGAAGAGAUACGUGCACCCAUCGUACUAUCCAAUGCAACCCCAAAAGUCACAUUUUUGGACUUGCUGCCGGAAAAUGCAUUACCACACGAGUUUCUCAAUCAAGUUCGAUCGAUUUCCUACGCGUCUGGAACCACCAAAAUCAAUGUGGCUCUCGAUGCUCUACCUUCAUUCUCCUGCCUUCCAAACGACCCCAGCAACCCAGAUAGGCCACUCCCGCAUCAUCAAGGUACUAUACAUCUGGGAUGCGAAUCUAUCGCCGAUCUUGACGCAGCAUACAAGGACGCCCAAGCGGGCUACCCAUCCAAGUUGCCAUUAAUAGAAAUGACGAUUCCAUCUGCACUGGACCAAACCUUAACACCUGAGGGUAAACACGUUGCAACCAUGUUUAUACAAUAUGCUCCGUAUGAGUGGUUUGCAUGUCCGGAAAAGGGGGAAAAGAGGAAGAAGGAAUUUGCAAAACAAGUCUUUCAGGUCGUCGAGGCGUACGCCCCAGGCUUCACGCAGUCAAUUUUGGCCGCCGACGUCUUGACCCCGCCAGAUUUGGAAAGAGUAUUCGGCGUUACAGGAGGCAACAUUUUCCACGGGGCAUUGACGCUGGACCAGCUUUACUGGGCUCGCCCGACUGUUGGUGCAUCAGGAUACAAAACGCCUGUAAAGAAUCUAUUUCUGUGUGGAUCAGGCGCUCAUCCAGGCGGGGGUGUAACUGGGUCUCCUGGAAGGAAUGCUGCGUUGCUGGUGUUGGAAAGCGCUGUGUAA